AUGGCGCCGCCACGCGAGAAAGACGCGGAGAUGAAAGACGCCCCGCCCCCCCCGGACGACGACGCCGCCGCCGACGCCGCCGCCGCGUCCGACGACUCCGACUCCGACUCCGACUCCGACUCCGGGAGCGACGACGACGACGAGGUGGAGAUGCCGUCCGAGGAGGCGAUGGACUCAAUCAUGAAGCUCGAGCGCGUCAUCGCGUCCGGCGACGGCGCGAACGACUUCCACGCGCACUCCAAGCUCGUCGCCGCGCUGCGCGUCGCGGGUUUAAAGCAACGGCUCAGGGACGCGCGCGAGGCUAUGAGCGCGAAGUUCCCGCUGGACGAGACGCGAUGGCGCGAAUGGAUCUCGGACGAGGUGCGCGCGACGACGCGCACUCGACGAAAACGUCGCGAGAUCGUCGGCCCGCUCUUCGAGCGCGCGCUCGCGGACUUCGUCUCCGUGCCGAUAUGGCUCGGGUACGCGGAGUUCUCCUUGGAUCAGGACUGGGACGACGAGCGCCGCCGAGCGCUGUACGAGCGCGCGGUCGCCGUCGCGGGAUGCCACUUCGUCGACGCGCACAAGCUCUGGGCGGCGUAUCGCGCGUUCGAGCUGUCGCGCCUGCAGCUCCUGACGCGCGACGCCGCCGACGCGUCGACCGCGACCGCGACGAAGAAGAAGAAGGAGGAGGACGUCGCGAAGGCGGAGGGCGUCGUCCGCGCGGUCUUCGCGCGGCAGCUCGCGACGCCGCACGCGCAGAUGGAGGACACCAGAGCGAUGGCGACGGCGUGGGAGAAGGCGCGCGGCGGCGACGGCCUCGCGAAGGAGACCGAGGACGCGAUCGCGGCCGCGACCGCAGCCGCCGCGGUGCGCACGCCGAUCGAGGACGCCAUCGCGGCCGCGAUGGCGUCGACCGCGCCGGAGAGGGACAAGGCGCCGGCCGUCGCGAAGGCGUUCCGCGCGUUGACGGAACUCGAGGAGCGCGACGGCGACGCCGCGAGGACGCAGUGCGCGCACGAGCGCGCGGUCGCGGCGACGCCGACGGACCCGCGCGCGUGGCGACGGUACACCGCGUACCUGGACCACGAGCUGAGGGUUCGGACGAUCGCGGCGCCGGCGCAUGAGCGCGCGAUGCGGUGUUGCGUCGGCGACGGCGAGACGAUCGCGAGCGCGAUUCGCGCGUUCGCGGCGGAGGGAGACGCGAACGGCGCGAGGCAGCUCGCGACGACCGCGUGCGGCGACGAGCGACGCUCGCGGACGAGCGAGGACGUCCUCGCGGUGUUUCUCGCCGUCAGUCGCAUCGCGGGCGACGCGACGGCGCGUCGAGGUGUCGCGGAGGAGGCGCGAAAGCUCAUGGCGAAAAAGCCGGCGAACGCGGCGGCGACGCUCGCGCUCGCGACUGAGACCGCGGACGUAGAAGCGAGCGCCCGCGAUCGUCUCGCGGUGUGGGAGUCGUUCGUGAAAGGCGACAAGAAGUCGGGCGGCGGCGAGCUCUCCAACGUCGCGGAGGCGCACGCGCGACACGCGGAGGCGGCGUUCGCGGUAGACGGGCGCGCGGACGCCGGGCGCGCGAUUUUCAAAAACGUCUUCUCGAGACCGAACCUGGAAUCCGCGGCGCCCGCAAACGGCUCCGGGCGGGCGGUCGUCUGCCGCGCGUGGCUGGAAUUCGAGAGAAAACACGGCGACGCGCCGGACUCGUACGCGCGCGCGGACGCCAAGGCGGGGAAGAUCCUUCGCGCGAUCGAGGCGGAGGAGCGGGAGAAGAAACUCGUGACCCCCGAGGAGGCGACGCGCAUGCGUCGCGCGAACGACCCGAACUACAAAAAUGGGCCCAAGGCCACCGCCGCCGCCGCCGACGACGACGACGACGCCGGCGGCGGCGGCGGCGCGAAGCGCAAGGCGGUCGGGGGCGACGACGCGUCGCGCGAGGACGAUCGCGCGAGCAAGCGCGCGCGCGGCGACGGCGACGGCGACGGCGGGGAAGACGGCGGGGAAGACGCGCGAGAUGAACGCUCGCGAAAAGGCCCCGGGUUGGGCGCCGACCCCGCCGAGCGCGCGGCCAAGUAUAAAGAAUUCUUCCCCGACCGCGACCAGCGCACGGCGUUCGUGAAGAACCUUCCGUUCAAUUGCACGGAGGAGGAGCUGUCGGGGUUCUUCGACGGCAGAGGCGGCGGCGUCCGCGCGCGAAUCGUCCGCGAUAAGGCUACCGGCCGGUCGAGAGGGUUCGCGUACGUCGAGUUCGACGAGGAGGGCGCGUUGCAGCUGGCCAUCAUGCGCGACGGCGCGACGUUCCAGGACCGGCCGCUGAGCAUCGCACGGUCGAUGCCGCCGGGAGGUGGCGGCGGCGGGAGAGGACGCGGGGGCGGAGGGAGGGGCGGCGGCGGCGGCGGCGGCGGCGGAGGGAGGGGCGGAGGAGGAAGAGGCGGCGGGCGGGCGCCGCGGGGGCUCGGGUUCGUCCCUCGCGCCGCGCGUCCCGCCGCGGCGGCGGCGGCGACCAAAGAGGAGCCGGCGAAGAAGGACGCGACGGCGGGCGGCGGCGGCGGCGACGGCGCGCCGAAAUCGAACGCGGACUUCCGCGCGAUGAUGUUCAAGAAGGGCAGCGACCUCGGGGCGGAAUGA